AUGGUUUUCGCAGCUUGGCGACUCAGUCGCUGGGAACAAGAUGCCACUCCGCAUGUCCAGGGUUUUGACCACCUUCUUUGCCAAUUGGAUUGUGCCAUUGCACAAGCUCUGCAUUGGUUUCAACGGUUAGGUGCAGAGGUGACGCGUGCUCUGCGGCAUGAUGACCGAAUGUUCUUUGCCGGCCUUAUGCAGGAGGCGUCGGACUUCUUGGCGCCAAAUCAUGUCAAAGAUAUGUGGAGAAUCAUUCGUCGCCACUUGCCAAAAUUCCGAUCUCGUAGGAUCGGUCAAAAUCCGCAGAAGAUUGAGCUCUUGAAGGACCAGUGGGUCCCUUAUUUUCAGCAGCUGGAGGUUGGUGCAACUCAUGAUGCUGCUGUGAUUGUAGAGACCUGCCACGCACGCCAGAAGAACAUGCCCAUUGUGCAGUAUGACUUCCAGAUUGAUGAUCUCCCCUCGCUCAUUGAAGUUGAAGAUGAUUUGCCCAAUGGCCAAUACUUUCAAGUCAAGCCUUUGGAGGUUAGAGGAUUAGCUCGUGUGGAAACUGUCCAGGCGCAAGGACCACUUUUGCUUGCCGAUGAUCAUCGAGCACAAGAGAUCCAGCAACUUACUCAAGAGCUGGAGACUAUUCAGAAGGAACUGCAAGUUGAUAUGCCCGAAGACGCUUAUCAAGCCUCUCUCAGAUUGCGACAGUCCUUGUCCAAGACUACAGAGGAAUGGUUUAGUGAUUUUCAGGCUGCAGGUUUUGAUGAGAGCUUGGCGGAAGAUUUACCUGAUCGCUGGAUCCUUUUGCUGGAUGAUGCUGAUGGGAACUUCGGGCCAUGGUUUGAGGCUGAGUUUAUGCGAUGGGGACAAGAUGAUUUGCCAGAUGUGAUCGCCGAAUUUCUUGAUGGCAGGGCAGAAAUUUUGGUUGAUGAAGCAUUCUGUGAACUGACAUCUGUUUUCCCACGAUUUGAGCUCUUGCAGAAGCGAACCUCUCUCCAAGCCAGAUUGCGACGUCUCACUGUUGAAAUGCAGACCCGCUUUCCGCACAGAGACGUGCGAAAAGGCUCAGCAAAUGUUCAAGAAAGAGCUGCUACUGCAGCGCAUGUACCCGCACAGUUUGAUGAGCAAACAGCCCUUUUCCAGCAAGUUCGAGCAACACGCUGGUUGGACCUUCCUCAUGAAAAGAAGGACGACCUAGUACAGUGGGUCAUUGAAGCAGAGAAACUCUGUGGGCAAAUCCGUGCAGAUGCCACGUGGUUGCCCGACUAUCAAGGUCGUUAA